GCGGGCCGGAAGUGUAGCGUUGCCAUGGCGAGGGCCGGGCGCGGGGCCCGCCCCCGCAGCGCCUCCGGGAGCGCCGGGCCCACUGACCCGCGGAAGCCAGCGGACCCACUUGCGCGGCGGCCGGCGCGGGACGCGAGGUGCUGGCACAUGGGUGAAGAGUCGUAGAAGAGGGGCCUGCAGAUUGUGCUCUCAGCAAGCUUGUCGCCUAGUGGAAGAGACUGGCCGGGACACAGAACCCACGUGUGGACGCUGCUGUGGGUUGGUGGCAGGGGUCGGGAAGGUGCCAUCAGGAGUCCUCAAAGGACUGCGAGCCGGCCACCAGGCCUUCAUGGCUCAGCCAAGGGGCAAGUCUUCUCGGCUCUGGUGGCUGUUCCUGAUCCAUCUUGUGGCUGGGAGGAGUAGACAAAGCUUGCUGAAGUUCAGCUAGGGCAGCCAAGAUUCAGGUGUGAGCAGCUGCCGGAAGGGGAGGUGAUCCUGAAGACACUGUGGCUGGCCCGCCUGUGCCCUUGGUGCCCUGGCUGCCUAGAGAGCCUCACCCCUGCGCCCUGGGGCCAGGACUCCAGAACUCUGACUACCUGCCCUGCCCCAGCCUCAGCGGCUGCACCUCCUCAUUAGUACUGAUGCACUGACCUCGGCACACAGCUGGGAGGGGUUGGGGGGCUGGGCCAUGCCUGCUCCCAGGCCCAACCCAGGCUCCUGAGCCUGGAAAGUGAAAAGAGGCUCUCAGGGGCUCACAGGGGCUCUCACUGCUGAUUGGCCCUGCCCUCCCUUCUCCCUCAGCAAGGUGCCAGGAAGCUGGAACCUUGUUAUCUGGGUAAUUAGUUUCAGACCCUGGACUGAGGCCGGCCAGGUCUUGGGGCUACCUCCCAUAGGUUGUGCACCCUGACCCCGAGAGGGAGGCGAGGCACUGCUGGUCAACAGCUAGAGGCUGGCCUGGGGAGCAGGUUCGGGGUGCCCUUCCACACUGCCCUCCCUGCCCUGGCCCGUGCCCCCCAGGGCUACCUGGGCCUGGAUAUCUUGUGGGGCCUCCUGACCCAGCCAAGGGCACAGAGCUUUGGGAAGGGGAUGCCCCCGAGGGUGCCCGUCCAGCCAGCUGCCCCACCCCUCAGGCCCAGCCUGGCCCCCAAGCUCCCCACUCUGGUGCCCCGAGCAGCCCUGUGGGCAAGCAGCCGCCACCAUGGCCGAGCACCUGGAGCUGCUGGCAGAGAUGCCCAUGGUGGGCAGGAUGAACACGCAGGAGCGGCUGAAGCAUGCCCAGAAGCGGCGUGCCCAGCAGGUGAAGAUGUGGGCCCAGGCUGAGAAGGAGGCCCAGGGCAAGAAAGGUCCUGGGGAGCGUCCCCGGAAGGAGGCAGCCGGCCGAGGGCCCCCGAAGCAGGUCCUCUUCCCUCCCAGUGUUGUCCUUCUGGAGGCCGCUGCUCGAAAUGACCUGGAAGAAGUCCGCCAGUUCCUUGGGAGUGGGGUCAGCCCUGACUUGGCCAACGAGGACGGCCUGACAGCCCUGCACCAGUGCUGCAUUGAUGAUUUCCGAGAGAUGGUGCAGCAACUCCUGGAGGCUGGGGCCAACAUCAAUGCCUGCGACAGUGAGGGCUGGACACCUCUGCAUGCUGCGGCCACCUGUGGCCACCUGCACCUGGUGGAGCUGCUCAUCGCCAGUGGCGCCAAUCUCCUGGCGGUCAACACUGACGGGAACAUGCCCUAUGACUUGUGUGAUGAUGAGCAGACGCUGGACCGCCUGGAGACUGCCAUGGCCGACCGUGGUAGGUGCGGCGGUGCGGCUGUGGGAGGGCUGCCGGUGACGCUCCCUCUGAGCCUGCCGCCUCGCAGGCAUCACCCAGGACAGCAUCGAGGCCGCCCGGGCCGUGCCAGAACUGCGCAUGCUGGACGACAUCCGGAGCCGGCUGCAGGCCGGGGCAGACCUCCAUGCCCCGCUGGACCACGGAGCCACGCUGGUGAGGGCUGGGGGGUGAGGGGCAUGCGGGGCUGGGGGCCUUGCUACUUGGAGGUGGGGGAUGGGGCCGAAUUCAGGCCGGGCGCUUGCCUGCAGCUGCACAUCGCAGCCGCCAACGGGUUCAGCGAGGCGGCUGCCCUGCUGCUGGAACACCGAGCCAGCCUGAGCGCUAAGGACCAAGACGGCUGGGAGCCGCUGCACGCCGCAGCCUACUGGGGCCAGGUGCCCCUGGUGGAGCUGCUCGUGGCGCACGGGGCCGAUCUGAACGCAAAGUCCCUGAUGGACGAGACGCCCCUUGAUGUGUGCGGGGACGAGGAGGUGCGGGCCAAGCUGCUGGAGCUGAAGCACAAGCACGACGCCCUCCUGCGCGCCCAGGGCCGCCAGCGCUCCCUGCUGCGACGCCGCACCUCCAGCGCGGGCAGCCGCGGGAAGGUGGUGAGGCGGGCGAGCCUAACCCAGCGCACCGACCUGUACCGCAAGCAGCACGCCCAGGAGGCCAUCGUGUGGCAACAGCCGCCGCCCCCCAGCCCGGAGCCACCCGAGGACAACGACGACUGCCAGACAGAGGCAGAGCUCAGGCCACCGCCCCUGGAGGAGGACAACCCCGAAGUGGUCAGGCCGCACAAUGGCCGAGUAGGGGGCUCCCCAGCGCGGCACCUGUACUCCAAGCGACUGGACCGGAGUGUCUCAUACCAGCUGAGCUCCCUGGACAGCACCGCCCCCCACACGCUGGUCCAUGACAAGGCCCACCACACCCUGGCUGACCUGAAGCGCCAGCGAGCUGCUGCCAAGCUGCAGCGACCCCCACCUGAGGGGCCCAACAGCCCUGAGACGGCCGGGCCUGGCCUGCCUGGUCACGCGGAGACCCCCCAGCCUGACUGUGGCUUCAGGGCAGGCGGGGACCCACCCCUGCUCAAGCUCACAGCCCCAGCGGUGGAGGCCCCUGCGGAGAGGAGGCCGUGCUGCCUGCUCAUGUGAGGGGGUUCCUCGGCAGGCAGGGUUCCUGUCCCCGGGCACAGCCCAAGGCUGCCUCUGCACGGUGCGUGCCCUGGUGCUGCGGGUGGGCAGCACAGAAACCCCGGCUUUGACUGUGCAGGACACUGGCCCCUCUCAGGGCAGAAGACAUGCCUGGAGGGACAUCUGACUGCAAAGACUAUUUUAAUCUUGCAACUCUUGAUAAAGGGCUGUUUGCCAUGGA